UAAAAUUUAAACUUAGAAGAAAUAAAAUACAAUGGCUUGCCAACUAGAGACCAUUGAGUUCAUGAAGGAUAAACUCAAGGAAGAAAAGAAAGCUGGAACAGUGACACUCGACUUCUACACGCUGAUGAAAGAAAUCUUUAAUAGGAUUAUGCUAUACCACCAACAUGAUUCUUUUGAUAGAUUGGAGGAGAUCUCACAAUUAAUUAAGAAGACUCAUUUGAAAAUUAAGGAUCCUCUGAAGGAUAAAGAUGCUAACAAGAACACUCCAAUUAUGAAAAGUAAAAUUAUUGCCAGCUAUAUCUGAGAACUCAAGAGAUUGAUCAAAGAAUCUGUCCUCCUUGCUGAAGAAGACAUGGGAUUAGUAGAAAAAGAAAUUAAAUGAGUCAUUGAUGAUUUCCCUUCCACUAUGAAAAUGUUUGAAUGGGCAGGAAUUUCCUUCGGACAAUCAGAAAGUUUUAGAAUUUAUAAAGCUAUGAAAAGACUUGCUAAAGUAAGUGGAGCUACUCAACUCAGAUUCUGGGGGAAAUACCUUGGUAGACAGAGAGACUAUUUUGUAAUUGAAGGAAAACUUCCUUAUUCUGAGGAAAGUAAAGCUGCUAAUGGAGCUGAAGAUCGUGGAAAAGGAGUAAAUACAUGUGUCUACUGGGUGACAGAUAAUCUUCUCGGUGAUUGGAUUCAGCUACCAGAUUCUGAGCCCCAAUACAUCAUAGCAGCGAGGAAUAUAAAAUAUAUUGUCACUGGAAAUCUCAACGCAGAUUUGAAUACCAAUCCUGCAUUUCCUGGAAAAGAGAGGCAUUUCUUGAGAGCACAGAUUGCUCGUAUAUCGCACACCACCUCCAUUGUUCCAAAGGACUAUAUGCAACCUCAUGAGGAAAAUGAUAGGGAGGUAGUGCUAAACGAAGAAUUCUCUGCUCCAAGUGCAACUGAUCUCAAUAGUACUGAGAAUUGGGUCCACCAGUUCCAGAAUAUCCUACUUGCUGGAAGAGCUGAGCACACUCCCCCAAAUGUUGGAGAAGAUGAACUUGAAGAAGCUAUGGGAGAGCUCGAAAACAAGGACCCUUUUAUUGAGAGAUUAAAGCCAGUCAAUGAAGACCUCAAAGUUUAUAAGGACAUCGAAGGAGCCUGGAGCACCAGACUAGUGGGAAAUAUUCAACAAUAUCAAGCUGAAGAAGAAGGAACUACUAGCUAUGUCUGUUGAGAAGUAAAGUCUCUCAGAUGGAAAGGAGCUACAACAAUUACCCAAAAUGGUAGAUGGGCUAGUCUCUAUAUUGGCUAUGGUAUCAAGACUGGAGAUGUAUGCUUCAAGCCAACUUCUCCUGAGGAGAUAAUGAAUGACCCUGAAGAAGCAGUUGAGCAACCAGAGCCAACUCCUUUGGAAGCUCCACCACAACCAGAACAGCCUGCUAAUGAAGGGGAAGGAAAGCCAGAGGCAGAAGGAGAUCAAGAAAAUGCUGAAUAAAUAUUUUAAAUUCUCAAAUUUACCCACA